GCAGCCACAGCGCAGCCGCCAAUCGACUCGAGGGAGGGACUAUGUUCGAGAAAGGACUAGGGUCGUUUGUUAGGAGCGGCACAACCAUGGACAAGACUGCCGUGGUAAAAGUCGGUGCGGCGGCCAGUGCCAGUGUAUGUGCCCUAUUCGGUGGUGUGGUUCUCGCCCAGUACAUGUUCGCCAAGAAGAAGAGAGCGGGAAAGAAAACGAAGAUCAUCGAGAUGAUGCCAGAGUUUGAGAAGAACACGGUCCACAUGAGGGAUCCAGAGCGCGUGGAACAGAUCAUCUGUGGCAUGAUCAAGGGUGGAGCCUCCAAACUACAGAUCAUCACUGACUUUGACAUGACAUUAAGCCGGUUCGCAGUCAACGGCAAACGCUGCCCCACGUGUCAUAAUAUCAUUGACAACUGCAAGCUUGUCACCGAAGAUUGUAGGACGAAGUUACUGGAGCUUAAGAACACAUAUUACCCCAUAGAGAUCGACCCCCAUCUAACAAUGGAGGAGAAGUAUCCAUUUAUGGUAGAAUGGUAUUUUAAGUCCCACACAUUACUGGUGGAACAGAGGCUACAAAAGGACAAACUCUCCGAGGUGGUGAGAGACUCGGACGCCUGCCUGAGGGAGGGCUAUGAGCAGUUCUUUGACCGGCUCCAGCAGCACAACGUGCCCGUGUUCAUCUUCUCAGCGGGUCUGGGAGACGUCCUGGAGGAGAUCAUCCACCAGGCAGGGGUCUACCACCCCAACGUCAAGGUGGUCUCCAACUUUAUGGACUUCGACGAGAAUGGCGAGCUGAGGGGCUUCAAGGGAGAGCUGAUCCAUGUCAACAAGCACGACGGCGCCCUGCGCAACACAGAGUACUUCAAACAGGUGAAGGACAACUGCAACAUCGUGCUGCUGGGAGACUCGUUAGGCGACCUCAACAUGGCUGACGGUGUGCCCAAUGUGGAGAACAUCCUCAAGAUCGGCUUCCUCAACGACAAGGUGGAGGAGCGUUUGGCGAAAUAUCUGGACUCUUAUGACAUCGUCCUGGUAAAGGACGAGACUCUAGAAGUGCCCAAUUCCAUCCUUCAGAAGAUUCUAUAACUCCUCCCCCCCUCCAUAUCAUACUGACACGCUUCCCCAAACCCAUGGAAAAGGAACCGACCCCCAGACGGAUGUUACUGGCCCCCCCCCGCCACCGACUCACAGCCUCUCGGCAGACACUAGCUCCAUGGACGCGCCUUUCACCUUUUUAUGAAGACAUUUAUUCUUCUCUGAAUGAACUAUUUUAAUGUACACAGCAUCAGUCUUUGUUUGUGUCUAUGUCUGUCUGCAAUCUUGUCAACAUCCUCCACCCCAUAACAAAAAAUGAAUAGCAACCAAAAAAAAGACAUGCGAACAAACUCUUUUAUAAUUUGCACAUUAUUGUUAUUAAUAAUAUUUGUGAUAUUGUACUUGUAUCAGUGUACAAAGCUUGCAAAUCAUAAACCGAGCAUCCACACAAGAACACAGCGACGUCUUUGAAACAGUCCUAGCAUGCAUUUCACCACACUAUGUCAUCUUGCAUUGUGCAACAGUUUGGUUACAGGAAUCAAUGUAGGUCUGAAAAAAUAACUAACCUGUCUAUGGGUGAACCAUACACUCACAGACAUUGGUAUGAAUAUUAUCAGUUGUUUUAAGGAUGUAGUAAUGGAUUCUGUCUUACACAAGAAAAGCCAUGUAUACACCUCCAUUAUGAGUUUUUUCACAUGGGGACUUUGCUACGGUAGCCACACUGCAAAGUAGCACUUUAUUUUACAGGAGUACUAGCACUGCACAUUUGAUGUGCCAUUUAAAUAGACUGCAUGGUUAUAAUAGAUACCCUAUGGUGCUUAUAUCAAGAAUUUAAACAAAAUUGUCAACGACAGUUGCAAUAAGAGUAGUAAAUAGUGGUGCUAAAGAUUUUUCUAAGUUAGUUGUGGGGUAUUACUGUUAGUGUAAGCUCUUUAUGAAUGAUAUAGUGUAAAAUAAAGCACUACCAAAGAAGUCAUUACACAGAGGAAAAGUAGCCUACUCAAUAGGCAGUACAUUACAAGAGAACACCGCUGGGUAAAGCAUUGUCUGUGGAUCAGCGACAUUCAAUAAGACUCAUAUUUUGUUUAGUUUGGCCUUUUAUCCACACCCAUUGACCUUUUUUUUUUUUUUGUGGUUCAAAUUUUAACUACCUCAAGCUUUGAACUGUUUCUCCACCCCCUUUUAAGUUUCUCAGUUUUGUCUUGCACAUGUUUGUUGACGUUAUAUUUAAAAUGUUAGCGUUUUAAAUGUGCUACUACACCUGCAUGUUGCCUUUUCUUAACUUUGAAUUCGUCUAAAGUACAGGGGGGAAAACAUGUCAAUAAAACUUGUCAAAUAACAAAUAGGGGUUCUCUGUUCAACUGUAUAAUCAAGGUUGUGUGGAGAUUGUGGUUGAAACCAAGCUGUAAUACUAAAAUGGACCUCUAGAUGACGACAAAGUCCAAAUAAAUGUGAAGUUUUCACUGUAGUUGGUUACAAAAACAUGUCUGCAAAAUCCAUACAUACGUGGCAUUCUAGUGCUGGGCUUUGUCCUUAUUCAUCCACAUGGCUCGUUGGUCUAGGGGUAUGAUUCUCGCUUAGGGUGCGAGAGGUCCCGGGUUCAAAUCCCGGACGAGCCCUACUUUUACUAAAAAUACGGAACCGAAUGACUGAGAGACAAAUUAUUGUAAUAAAGACUAACGUGUGAAACAUUA